AUGUUUUCACCUGAGGCAACCGUCCAGAGCGCACGCAGCUCCUUGCGCAACCCCCGUCGUCGCCAGCGCAAAGACUCGGACAGCGGCCGACAACAGCCUCACCGCAAACGUAGCAAGUUGUCCGACGACUCGUUCGCCUCGCCCAUAGACGCGCACACCAAUGGAAAUGGUAGCGCGUUAAUGAACGGUCACGCUAGCCACGGCGAAGUUGACGGCUCUCUCGUGCUUGUCGACAUGCCUGUCCGCGACCGGAAACCGCCAACCAAGCGCGGGCUCAAGGAUGAUUCUUCUCUCUUGCUGGCCAAAAAUGAGAACUACAGUGUCAAGAAGCUGCCUAGCUUUCCGUUACAGCUCUCCAAUGGCUCUAUUCCCUUCCAAGCCUUUGCACUCCCUUCCGCUGGCUUUGCGCUCGCGUUGACGUCAACUCACGCACUUGCCUGGGAUUACACGGCACCCAACGGUCCGACGAAAACCCUCACUCUUCCCCUGCCCUUCGGGUUGAAGCCUUCCGAUCCUCUCCCUCUCGGCGCUAUUGUGCGCAAUGGCCCAACAAACGAGUUUGGGGUUCUUGCGCUUGCUCCUUCCAGUGGGAAGAUUACAUUCUGGGAAAAUGUUGAUAGCGCCGAGGCCCGCAGCCAUUUUCCUCAACGCCACCAAGGCGUCGAUGGUUCUGUGGGCAAGCUGUAUUCGGGAGAGGUUAUCACCGGGCUUGUGGAUAUCGAACAUGCCGGCUACAUUCUCAUCUUUAGCAGCGGCAGGCUUGCACAAUUAACCUUGCGGGACUCACAGGGUCGACCGAACAUUACUGUGAAUGUUCUUCAUACUCCGUCAAGCUCAAGCGGAAGCUUCUUCAACUUCAAGGGCCUCCUCGGAGGCGCUAUUCGAAAAGCUAUCGCCUCAGUCAAAGCCCGCCCAUCCCCGUCCAAAGGCCAAAUGGAGGUCAUUGCAGCAACGAAGAACGGCAUGUUUCGUUUCUGGGACUUGAGCUGGACCGGGCAACAGGCAUUCAAGAAGGAAAUUGACGCAUAUGCCGAGAUUCUUGCCGCGGUCCAACCCGGGACUGCACCGGACAUGCGCGGACAACACGAAGCUCAAAUUUUGGACUUCGCUAUUCUGAAUCCGCCGAAGGAUCAUGGAGUUGUUAGCUUAUUGGUGCUUGUUGCACUAUCUGGGCGCAACUCUUUGGAUUAUUCCCUCCUGGAAGUAGACCUGUCCGAGAGUACUGGCAUGGUUACCAGGGCGAUUCCCAUCCGAGUCCUUCAAGAGACACAGCUUGCCAAGGAACCCACCGGGACGCUUCUACUUCCCCACCCUGGUCAUACCGCGCUUGUACAGCUUCCUCACGCCAUUGUUGUUGCUUCUGUUACGGAGCCAGAGGAGAGCCCUGAUGCACAGCUUUUGUCGGACUCCGGGCGACCCUCGCUGCCCUUCCAAGACACCAUCUAUUUCCGCCAGGACCGCCAUGCGUGCUUCUCUGGGCAUGCACUUGAAUGCAGUGUGAAGAAAGACAGACAGUCAAGCGUUCUGAUAUUCGUCCAGGGCUAUGGCAUUCUCCAAGUCAGCGCUCUACCACCAGCAACUAAUGACGAGGAUGUCAAUAGGCGCAAAGUCACGGCUCGAAGCAAAAUAGAACAGGCCACUUUCUUUAGCACCGUUCCUGAUAACGUCAUAGAUUUCUCUAUUAGGUCAAGGUACAAUUUCGGACAGGAAGAGGUGGAAAAGGCUGCUGAGGAAAUUAGUACCGGAAUUCUGAUGUCAUCAUUCGAAUACCUUGAGAAGUCAACUGUCUCCAUGGAUGAGCAAAUGACUAAACGGAGCGACUACCUUCGAAACCUUAUUACACACCUUCGAUCGGACUACCCUCCGGUGUCCUUCAAGAUAACCUGGCAUUUGUUGUGGAAUGCGGAGCGGCUUGCGGCAGCUCACCAGCUGUGGAGAACGUACGAGGCAAGACUUCGGGAUCAAGAGAAGAAUCCAGAUGCCUACCCAGAGAAACCACUUAUGCCCGACCUUGUGAGGAACUUACACGAGCGUUACAAGACCAAAAUUCGACCGGAACUAGACGAGGCGGAUCCAGUACGGCAGUUCUUCUUAAAGGAUAUCCAUAAUCUCGAAAUCAUUCUUCCAUGGGCAUGGCAGACAUUGCGCAUGUUCUACCUUGAUGGAUCCAAAGAACGCCCGGCACUCAUGCAGAGGCUUAGCGAAGCAGACGAUGUCAUACUCACUGCGUUGGAAACAGCAUUUAAAUUUCGAGAAGAAAACAUUGAGCUCUACGGCCUAGAACCCGACUCGCUCGUAGAUGGCAUCCUCAAACCUGGCAAAGGCUACGACCUCCUACCACAGUUUUGGACCUCAACUCACAACCUUGUGAAUUCCACUCGUAGUCUCGUCGAUGUUGGACGCGGUGUUGCGCUUGAAAGUUUCGAGAAUGGCACCCGAGAAGACCAAGCCAUGAAGAUUGCCAAGGAUAACCCUCGGAUGGUCAGGCUUGGUUUUCAGAUCCACAUUGAACGCUUCCAAUGGCUUUCGGAACAAAGCGAUGAGAGAAAGAGGGAUACCGGCAGGAAGGUGAAGGAAGAGUAUGACGCAAAUAUUCGCCCGGUGCACAUAUAUGGUCUCUUGGAGAUUGGUUUGGUUACCGAAGGCAUGAACCUGGCCGAAAACUAUCGCGACAUGCCCACCCUUGCCCGCCUGAUAUGGGAUGAACAGAAGUUUUUGUUAGAGCACAAAGCAACUACUACAAGCAAGAUGGAGGAAGCAGAAUGCCAGGUCAAGCUUAACCGGAUCCGGGAUCGAAUUCUCCGGUAUUUCGAUGCAUAUGGCGAUGAGUGGGCAGACGCAUUCUAUUCGAGGUAUAUUGCGGAGCACAGGUCUGCACGACUUUUCAUGAAAGAGUGCCUCAACCAGCCUGCCCUCACGAAGUUUUUGCGGGCAGAACCGUCUCGGUCCAAGCUUACCUGGAUCAAUGAUGUACUCGGUGAGAAAGACUACAAGGGCGCCGGCGCCGCCCUGUUCAGAGUUGGAAAGAAACAAGAAUCGAACGUCUGGUGCAAAAAGGUUGAGCUAUCGAUGUCCAAGUUAGCCUACCUGGCUCAACAGCAAGAGACGCCAGCCUCUGAAUCGCCACAUCCGGAGGUGAGCCCGAGAGAGGACCUAACUGAAGAGCAAGACGAAGAUCUGAUAACCGUGGACCCGACAAAACUAAUGAUUGUGAGGGCGGACGAGCAAUUGGAAUACAUGAAAAUUCAGGACAGUGUGUACGAACGGUUGAAUCCGAUCAUUUCGGGAGCUUUAGACGACGAUUCCGCACUACAGUUGCUUAUGGACGAAUUUGCGCAGGGCCGACUCACAGAGAGGCCCGCUCACCAACAGCUUCUUCGACAGGGCUUUGAAAAUCUGAUCAACAACCGGGUGAUGGAGCCUGCGCUGCUAGUUGAUGUCUUGACACUGAUGACAUACGAUGAGACGGUCGAGGCCACGAGUGUCGUACAGUCGAACGAGUUCGCCUUCGCGUUAAAAGCUCUCGCACUCUCCUGGAACAACAUGGACAAGACAACUCGCGAGAGCACGCUGAGGAUUAUCUGGAAGCGGAUCUACAUUAAGGACGACUGGGCGCAGAUCAACAAUUCUAAGGACAUGUCGGACGAUCAAUUGCAACACUUUCUCGCUCAUACUACUGCUGGAUGGACCUGCAAACAGCUCCUAAAGCUAGUCGAAGCCAGCCCAAUGUUCAGAGUCGUAUGGCCCACAUCGGUCGGCGGGGCCCUCGGCGCGGGUUGCACCAAUGGGGAGUUGUGUAUCAGGUUCGGAUCUGAGGAUCUCCGCAACCCAAUCAUCAACGACAAUCUAGCGGACGACGAGAUCUUGCAAGCCAACAUAGAGAAGGACCGGUUGGACGAAUGGUUCGAGGCGACAGUAGAGGCUGCGAAAGAAAUUUUAGAAGCAGAAAAGCAGGAGACGGCUGUCAUGGAGAGCGAAGAGGAUGAUUCGAGCGUUGAGGCAGAGGAGCUAGACCCGGAGUCUCUAGUUGCAGAGAUGUCUGCAUCGGAAGCAUUCGAGGGUGACGACGAACGGAGCGUGGACCAAGAUGUGGAGAUGGAGGAGGAGUAA